AUGGUGGGCGAAAGAAAAUGCCCGUAUUAUACGCAAGAGCUGUCUGUUGACGCUAUUGCAGCGCAGUUUUCGACUCUCCUACACAAGAAACAAUCCAUUAUUGACAUCGAAUCUCUUUACGAGGAAGGAGAAAAGCUUCAUUUAUGCCCAUAUUAUGCAUCUCAUUCUCUUUUGCCCACCAUUGAAUUUAUUGCUGUCCCAUACAAUUUCAUUAUCCAGCCCUCUGUUAGGAAAUCUUUGUCAUUAAACCUAAAGGACAGUAUACUUAUUUUUGACGAGGCCCAUAACAUUGUUGAUUGCGUUAAAGGCAUCUUUAACCAGUCCAUAUCAUUGAUCCAGAUUACUUCUCUUUCAUCGCAAACUGCAAUUUAUUUCGAAAAGUUUAAGCUAAGAUUCAAAGGCUCAAAUCAGGUUAACAUUCAGACGAUCAUUGUUGUUCUUGAACGAUUGAAUGUCUUUUGUAACCAAUUUCAGUCCCCGAAGACAAAAAUAAUUUCCGUUUCCGAAUUUUUCCAUCUUUCGAAUUUGGAGGGCGUUAAUGUUUACGAAUUGCAGCGUUUUAUUGAAAUUUUCGGUCUUGAUAAGAAAAUACAAAGUUAUGGCAAUCUCGACAAUAAAAGGAAAUAUCGGUUGACGUCAAUUUUUACCUUUCUAUCUUCGCUCACCAAUGACGAUUCGAAUGGAAAGCUCAUGCUGUAUUUUGAAGGUAUUUGUGAGCAGCGCAUCCCUCAUCCUCUUAGAUGA